CCUACCCAUCAGGGCCAAUCCAGUCAUAUCUGCUCAGUCGUGCAGCACAGUAGGGGCGGGGUAGAGAAGUGGGAGGUGGGCUUUUAGGCGGCAAAGGAAAGAGACGAAAGUUGCCAUUUUGCUGCUGAGCGCCAAGAGAGAAAGACAGCACAUAUCUCUCCGUGGGACGCUCCUCGUAUUGGUGGGUGAGAAAUGGGCGACUGGAGUUUCCUGGGGAACAUCUUGGAGGAGGUGAAUGAGCACUCCACCGUCAUCGGCAGAGUCUGGCUCACCGUGCUGUUCAUCUUCCGGAUCCUCAUCCUCGGCACGGCCGCAGAGUUCGUGUGGGGGGACGAGCAGUCCGACUUCGUGUGCAACACCCAGCAGCCUGGCUGCGAGAACGUCUGCUACGACGAGGCCUUCCCCAUCUCCCACAUCCGCCUGUGGGUGCUGCAGAUCAUCUUCGUGUCCACCCCGUCCCUGAUGUACGUGGGCCACGCGGUGCACUUCGUCCGCAUGGAGGAGAAGCGCAAAAGCCGCGAGGCAGAGCAGCUGGGCCAGCAGGCGGGGACCGACGGCGAGCGGGGGCCACUCGGCGCGGACCAGGGCGGUGGCAAGAAGGGCGGCGGCAAAGGCACCAAGAAGUUCCGGCUGGAGGGGACCCUGCUGAGGACCUACAUCUGCCACAUCAUCUUCAAGACCCUCUUUGAGGUGGGCUUCAUUGUGGGCCACUACUUCCUGUACGGGUUCCGGAUCCUGCCUCUGUAUCGCUGCAGCCGCUGGCCCUGCCCCAACGUGGUGGACUGCUUCGUGUCCCGGCCCACGGAGAAAACCAUCUUCAUCCUCUUCAUGUUGUCUGUGGCCUCCGUGUCCCUGUUCCUCAAUGUGAUGGAGUUGGGCCACCUGGGCCUGAAGGGGAUCCGGGCUGCCUUCAAGAGGCCCGUAGAGCAGCCCCUGGGAGAGAUUCCGGAGAAAUCCCUCCACUCCAUUGCUGUCUCCUCCAUCCAGAAAGCCAAGGGCUAUCAGCUCCUAGAAGAAGAGAAAAUCGUUUCCCACUAUUUCCCCUUGACUGAGGUUGGGAUGGUGGAGACCAGCCCAGUUUCUGCCAAGCCUUUCAAUCAGUUCGAGGAGAAGAUCAGCACGGGACCCCUGGGUGACUUGUCCCGGGGCUACCAAGAGACACUGCCUUCCUACGCUCAGGUGGGGGUGCAGGAAGUGGAGGGCGAGGCGCUGCCUGCAGAGGAGGGAGCCGAACCCGAGGUGGGAGAGAAGCAGGAAGCAGAGAGGGUGACCACAGAGGAGCAGGAGAAGGUGGCAGUGCCAGACGGGGAGAAAGUAGAGACCCCCGGAGUGGGGAAGGAGGGUGAAAAAGAAGAGCUGCAGUCGGAGGUGGCAAAGCAAGGGCUGCCAGCUGAGAAGACACCUUCACUCUGUCCAGAGCUGACGACAGAUGAUGCCAGACCCCUGAGCAGGCUGAGCAAAGCCAGCAGCCGAGCCAGGUCAGACGAUCUAACCGUAUGAAGUGAGGCCAAAGAAAAAAAUAUGCCCAAGCUUACAUAAGGCAAGAUGAAAGGAAAAGGUGCCAACCUGAUCUGAGUCUUCUGUCCCCUGCCCUCGCCCCAGCCCCUGGUUGGACAGGCAGUGUAUGCCACGCAACUAGGAAACAGCCUUUCCCACAUCCAGCAUAGGGGCUACCAAGAUAAACCCAUUGACCCACUAAAGUUCCCAGUCUCAUAGGACUGCCCUCCUUCCUCCAAACCCAACAGCUGUGGGGGACUCUUCUUUCAUGCCCAUUUCUCCAUAGAAACCCUUAAAUCAGAAUUGGGGUUGCCUCCUAGCUUUUUACCAGUCUUGUCUCGAGCUCACUAACUCAGCCAGAAUCUAUCAUGCCAGCAUUUCUGAAGCAGAUAUCAUAUGACCAUAUUUUGGGGAUCUCAGCUCAAAAGUCUGCAGAAUACAGGCAGGUAACAAACGUAAGUUACAAGGUGGCCCUGUUCUAAUGCAAGGGAGAGAAUGGGGCUGUGAAAGCUGGAGAGCAGGAGAAGUUGCUGCUCACUUCCAGGCAAUAAGUACCAUGAAGUGUUACCUGGUCUUUCCGAUUUCUCAAGGGAAGCCAGAAAUCCAACUUUUGUUUUUUAGACGGGCUCUCUGUUGCCCAGGCUGGAGUGCAGUGGCACAAUCUCAGCUCACUGCAGUCUCAACCUCCCAGGCUCAUGUGAGCCUCUCACCUUACCCUCCCAAGUAGCUGGGACUACAGGUGCACACCACCACACCUGGCUAAUUUUCAUACAGAUGGGGUUUCACCAUGUUGCCUAGGGUGGUCUCAGACUCCUGGCUCAGCCUCCCAUAAUGCUGGAUUACAGGUGUACACCACCCUGCCUGGCCCAUGAAAUCUAAAUUUUAAUUGAAAUUUUCAAAAGUGCUAAUGUUGGCAACUAAAUUUUAAAUACAACAUGUGGACCAAAUGAAAUACAUGCAGGCCAAAUUUAACCUGUGAGGCACCAAUUUGCAAUAUCAUCUUAUGCUAAUUAGCCCAGCUGUCUGAUGGAAUCAGUCUUAUUAUUUAUGGUCUCAACUUGUUUCUGUGGCUCCCAAACCUUAUUUCAUUACUUCAGAGUGUUUUGUUUAAAUCAUCAGUCCAGGAGAUAUCCAGAGUUCUCCCGGACCAUUAUUUUGGGUCAUGGCAACCCCUGGGUUCUGAAGCAAUGAUAUGCUUUGUAUUGGUGGGAAUUCUGCCCUGGGUACCAUCAGAGAAAGAGAGCAAGAUGCCAGAACUCUCCCCGUGACAUCAAAAGGCUUUGAGACAGGUUGCAGUUUUCUCCUUGAAGCAAAGAAGAUCCUUUGUUUACUCCCCUGUUGCAGCGUCAGUGCUCAGCCUAAAUUCUAUACCUCUUUUCAUCAGGGACUAGAAGCAAACCCAGUUUCGAGCGGAAGGACACCUGCUCACAGGUCUGUCCUAAGAAGAGGCAGCUCUCAGGCCUUGUGCAGGCACAAGACAUGUACCAAAAGGGCCAUCAGAGUGGCAUCAGAGGGAGCCUCACACAAAGUGAGUGCUCACACGGCCAGGAUCCCAAAGUGAAGUCCCGGGCCAAGCCUCAUCCCUAGAAAGGACACGGAGGCUAAAGGAAACAAGAAGAAUCUUGAAGGGCUCCUUGUCCUCGUGUUCCCACGACUCACCCUCCUCAUCCCCAGAGUCUAGUCAGGGGAAUUCCUCACGUACAAAUUCGUAUUUCAUACUGGGAGCAGUUUUACCCUCAGCCAGUCAAUUGCCAGAGCAGGAAGAGAAAACUAUGCUUCAUGGGCUGCAGUGCCAACGAUAGGGUAGGAGUUAUAGAAACCAAGUUGACGUGGCAGGGACCUGGACAGGAGCCAGCAAGUGACCCAGAACAGGUGCUUAGAAAAACGGCCUUGGUUGUAUUUUCCCAACCCCGAUCAGCACCAUCUCAAACCGACCAAUCCCCUUUGCUUCCUUUUAAGAUAUUCAUUCAAAAUAUACCUUUCCAAAGCAGGCUCUCUCCAAAACUAUUCCUCCCCCUUGACAAAAUUUCCAUUUCUUGGUGACCCAUUUUAAAGCAAAGUGGUCUACAAAUUAAACUCAUUUUAAGGUUUGUUUGGUAAUUACUCCCAGGAAAAACUGCAUUUGAAAGAGAAAGACUAAACUGUAUAUUACCUGGGUAUCCCAAAGUGACAAAGCUUCAGUGGGGGAAUGUUGAAUAGGAGAGGUAUGUUUAUCUUGAAGACACGUGGCUUUCUGUCCACUCCUUGAUCGUACCCCCUGCAGGCAACGUUAUUCCACACAGACCUUCUCUAUGGUGAAUGAAUUAACAAGAGCCCAGGCCUGAGAACCAGAGCGAGCAUCCUUGACCCUAAUGGCGGCACUACUGUUCCUAUAGUUUUGUUCCUGAAGACCCAGUUAAAAAGAGCCUUAUGAAUAGCUUGAUCAUUACCAGAAUAAAGUGUCUAUCUCAACUAGAGCCUAAUACAAAAAAGAAAAGAAAAGGAAAACUGAUACCCUGUUCUAAGUAAAACUGCGGUCUGGUAGCAGUUAUAGAAAUGAGGGCUGCCAGUCUCCUUAUCUCAGCUGGGACAUACGUGUGUGCGUGAGUGUCUUUCCUCAGUUGAAGCAGCAUCCCACUUCAAUGCACGUACCCACCCUGUCCCCACAGUUUCCCUCUUAGUCUUCCCAAUAAAAGGAGAAGCCUAUUUAGGAAGAAACAGACACGGGCAUCAAGGGGCUGAGAUUUUGUUUCUAUUUCUGCCAUUUAGUAGGCUGUAUCAUUACUGUGCCUUGAGCUCUCUGUACUUCAGUUUUCUGCCUACAAAGUAGAGCUGGCAUUUGUCACCUUCCUACAUGCAGGGGUGUCAUAAAGGUUGAGUUGGCUGCCAAGCAUGAAGCCUGCUGGAUCCCUGAGAGAUCCAACAGCAGUGAGACUGGCAAGAAUGGGAGGUGAUGGUUUCCAUCUGUGCCCCCCACCUGCCUUGUAGUUACCUGGUGAGAGUUUUUCGGUGUGAAACAGACACUCCAGAGAUCAGAUUUCUCAGAAGACAUUCAAAACAGAAUCCUAACCCCAUAGGUUUAGUAGGAACCUGAGGCUCAUUGACCUUAAGAAAUGACUGGAGACAGAUUGCCAAUUCCUUUCAUCUGCUGAGAAAGAUGUCCCAUCUGAAGCUGCCACGCAACUGCAGCGAGUUUCCAUUCAGAAGCAGCUGCAUGUCUGUGGUGGUCCUGACUCUAGGCAGGUGCACCCCUCAGGAUCUGUUUUGAGGCAAAUAAUUAUGACUGACUCAGGACUAUAAUCCCCAUGGGCUUCAUUAAGCCCAGAUUUAGUUUCUACUCCUAGUUGGUCCCUUAUUAGAUAAAAACCCUAGGGCACAUGGACCUACCAAUAAAAAGAUACAUUAGACAGCGGGACAUCAGGACAGCAUCCCCUCCUGGGACUCUGGAGAAGUCCCAGCUCCCUCCAGAGGAAAGGGACUACUCACUUGAUAGCAGUUCUAACACUGCCAUCGGGGAAGAUCUGUGACCAAGGAUAGAGGUGCUCCAAGUUCAGUUGGAAAGUUUAGAGCCUGGCUGUGUGAACCCUGGCCUAGCGUUUUGGGCAUUGUAAAAAAGCCUGUCUGCUUUUCAUCAUGUCUUUGUCCCCUGCCACACAGGGGAAGCAGCCAGUACAGCACUGGACAGACAUUCCUGAAGUUCUGUGUGACCUGGGGACAGUGCUGACUGCCCUUCCUGACUCUGGGUAUGCCAAGAUGCCGCUUACCUGCUCUGUGUGACAGUUUUCUCUACAUUAAUUGAGGGUGAUAAGUUCUGCCCCUCCUUCACAAGAUGUUAUAGAUCUUUUUAAACACUCACUAAUUUGGAAAUAAAUGGAAAAAAAAGAAGGCAUCAUCCAAAUUUGUAAGUCCAUGUUGUAAAAUGUAUCCUGAAGCAGUGACGGUCAUCACUUUAAAUGCUGCAUAGAUUGUUAACUAAGACACUGAUAAAAAGUGAGCCAAUAACUAAAAUAAGGGAAAUAAGUUUGGAGGGACAACAGGUAGUCUUGAAUUCCUAAGAAUUAUGGCACAAAAAAAAAAAAAAGAAUCUAUUUAAUCACACAAGAAUCGGUUGCUGAAAGAGGUGCUGGAGGUACUCAGCUUACUAGAGCUUACCUAUGGAGAAGAUCACCCAUGGAGAAGUGGAGAAGCAUCAACCACUUGGACAGUCUCUGACUCAUGGCAAAAGGGACUCCAUGGACGCUGACAGAGCUGCAUGCUGGAACUCUUCAGUCCAGGUCAUGCGGAAGGCCUGUGGCGAGACUGGUACCAACCACUGGUCCUCCCCAGUUCUUGAGGAGGGUUGGGCAUACGCUAAGUAAGAAUGAGAACACCACCCCAACUACAUGUCCCAUUCCAUUCCCCAGCCUCCUCUUCACUCCCUUCCCUCACCGUGAGUUACCCUCUAUGCAUAUCAUGUGCAAAUGAUUGCACAACCCAACUUAGCAAAGUUUAGAUGCGAAAGGUUUGCCUGGUUGGAAGAAAAACUCUUCUGAGCGUAAAUACAAUCUGUAAAACUAGUAAGUUGGUACCUAGAAGUAAUAGCGAAAUAGGCAGGGAGACUUUCCCUUUUUGCAAUUAUUGUAUUAUAACUAAAUAUGUGCUUGGGGAAGGGAGGAGAAAAAGGAAACAAAGUUCUAGGUUCAGCAGUUGGGUAAGAGGAAAGAAAAACUUUUAUGAAAGCCAGUUCACCUAGACAUUGCAGCUCCCAGAACCAGGAAAAAGGUGGUAUUCAGCUCUGGCAGUAGCCACCGAGAUGCAGUGGGACAUCCCAGGGCCUCCAGUGCCACUGCUUUCUGGAAGUUCGCCCGAACAAAGAAGAUUCUAAAAGAAUGCAUAAGGUUUCCCGAAGGGAAAGUAGAUGGCCCCAUGGCCUUUUUCUGCAAUAUUUUCAUCUAUGAAACAAAGUGUAAAGACUCAGUUUGUCAGGAAACACAUUCAUAACACACUUCCUGAGGAAAUCUCUCCAAAAGAGAGAUGCAUAAUUGGGACGGUGGCCCUGUAUUCUCCAACCUUCCACAUCCUCGUGUCAGAGCUCGUCAUGUGCUGGAAUGUUAUAAAACAAAUAAAAUUGACUUGACUUUUCACCAUCUUUGUUUUUUUCUUUUUAUACGUCAGCUGAACUAGACUGUGAAGAGACGGCCUCAGUUUCCAGUUAUUUUUCCUUUGGAGUUGAGGGCCUAGAAAGCAAGGGGAGUGGGGUAAAGGGGGUAAGGGUGGUACAUUAGUAAAUGUUUAACCACCAGCCCUCUCCAGGAUAAAGAGGCUGACUUUGUAGUGUUUGCCAAUUUCCUUGGUAUAAAUUCUCCCACUCCCACCAAUUUCAAGCUACCAGCAUCAUGCCACUGAAUGCAGAGUUGGGAAGAUGUGCAAUACCGUAACAUUAUAAAGUUUUCUACGAUACAAUGGAUGUGUACCAUUCAGUAGGUAUAAAUAACCUCAAGAACAUAGACGAUAGUACAAUAUUUAGGAAGUGUUCAGCUUUCAAUAUUUAUUACCUUUGUGUUUCAUAUCUUUUUUGUUUAAAUUUAUAUAACUUAAUUGUUAAUAAUGACUAUCCUUAACAAAUGACUCACAGAAUUCCUGAAAAUUUGGCAAACAACUCUCGCCAGCCAGUACAAACCAGCUGUAGCACAUCACUGCGUGGGAGGGAAGAGAAUCUGAUUUAGAAAGAACAUGAAAACUUUCUUGAUCAAUGGAGAUUUGGUCCAUUUUCCCCCCGGCUCCGCCCGUUCACUACACAAAUCUCAGGAAAAAAUAAAAGGUGUAUUUGUUUGGACUAUGCAAAGGAAUGGUAGAAUGAUAUUUGUUCUCUUCCAUGUCAAUGAGAACUAAAGAAAGAGUUAAAUUUGUUCAUUACAGAUAAAAAUAAACUGAUAACAAAAUCAAAUCAGCCGAAAGCUUC